GUUUGAUGUUGAUGAUAUGCUCCAUAAUACACAAAACUGUCGCUUUAUAUAUGAGAAUAACCGUUGCUAAUAGCGUUUGUGUUCCUGCACUAUUUGUAUACCUUUAUACGCUACAUUAUGUGAUACAUACUUAUAUUAAUAGUUCUUAGGUUGGAAUUCUAAUAUACAUUGAUGUAUUCAACAAAUCUUAACAGAAGUUGUAAACUAUAGCUGACUGCCUCAAUAUAUUGAACUAUCGAACAGUCUUUAAAUAAUUGUUCGUGUCACUAAAAGCCUCUCACUUAAAAGCUACAAAUGACUAGUCUGCACUCCUUUAAUGUUACUUUCAGAAAUCUUGAGAUUAGUUUUGUUCCCAAGUUUAAAUUAUUUACAUCCACACAUAAAAUAUUUCAUUGAGUUACUUGAACUAGACAUACAGGUUCAGAAUAAAUAUGACUGAGUUGAGACGUCAUGAUUUUAGAAAUUAAUUAUCAAGAGACUAUUGCCUGUUACUUUAGGAUUUGUAAAAAUAAAAAUCAUACCAGUGCCAUUUGUUCUGGAGUCUUUUACUUAGGAACGGACGCAGAUUUUUCACCCCUAAUUACCGAAUUAAAGCAUGUUACGGUGAGGUGAUGUACACUUAUGUCUACAGUAGUUCAAGUUUCGUGUGACGUGAACUUUAUCAUUUUAUCUUAAACAUGUUCAAAUUUACCUACGACUUUUCACUGGUCUGUCAUUCGUUUUUAGCUUUUUACAUUUCGAAUCAAAAGCAAUGAGACGAUUAAAGUUCUUCUUGCCAUAUUGGGUCAUAACACUGGGCAGUUCAUUUCCCUUUGGAUAUAACACUGGGGUUAUAAAUACACCGGCUGAUCUGAUUAAAAGCUUUAUAAAUACUACCCUAAUCACCAGGUCGGUUACAUGUGAUGAGCAUUGCAUUGACUUGAUAUGGUCAGUGUGUGUUACGUUCUUCCUCCUUGGGGGAUUUUUUGGGGGCUUGAUUGGUGGAGUUUUGGCUAACAAGUUGGGCCGAAAAAAAUCAUUAUUGUUGCUUUCGGUCCCAACAAUAGUUGGAUCACUCCUAAUGAUGUUUUCAAAAAUGGCACAAUCAUUCGAAAUGAUCAUUGCCGGAAGAUUUAUAAUUGGAAUCGCUUGUGGCGCUCAUACAGUCGUUGGGCCUAUGUUUCUAUCAGAGAUAGCUCCUGUCGAUUUUCGCGGAGCUGCGGGCACUUUCAAUCAGUUGGUGAUUGUUUCUGCCAUAUUAUUGUCACAAGUUCUUGGUUUACCUGAAGUGAUGGGAACAACGGAACUAUGGCCAUAUCUACUUGCUUUAUGUACCGUUACCAGUGUCAUACAUGUUUUAUUCUUGGUCACCUGUCCUGAGAGUCCUACCUACUUAUACAUUAUUAAAGGUGAUCGUCGAAGAUCGGAAAAUGCACUGGUUUACUUUCGAGGGCAGGAUUGCGAUGUUCAAGCUGAGUUAGAACUACUGAAACAGGAAACGGAAUACUCAUCCACGCACAAAUCGACUGUUUGCGACCUACUACGUAUUCCUUACUUGCGAUGGGGAUUAAUUGUAGCAUUGGUACCUCAUAUUGGCCAACAGUUUUCCGGUAUAAAUGGGAUUCUUUAUUACUUUGUAAGUUUGUUUAUAUCGAAUGGAUUAACAAAACAAGUCGCAAGUUAUGCAAAUCUUGGCACUGGAGUUACAAUUUUAGUCGGUGCAUUUGCAUCUAUAUUUAUUAUCGAUCGAAAAGGCAGACGUCCUUUAUUAAUGUUUGGAAUAUCAGUUUGUCUUUUUAGCCUCUUACUAUUCACUUUAAGCUUAAUUGUUAAACAAAUGACUGAGAUCAAUAAACUUACAAUUCUGUCGAUUGUAUUGACGUAUACGUUUUUAUUCGGAUUUUCAAUGAGUUUAGGUUCUAUUCCAUGGUUUAUAGUUUCUGAAUUGUUUACGCAAGAAAAUCGUGAUGCUGCUGUCUCGAUUGCUGCAGCAACCAACUGGUUGUGUAAUGCUAUUGUAGCAUUAGUAUUUCCGCAAUUGGUCAUAUAUAUUGGUACUUAUGCUUUCAUACCGUUUAUCUGUGUACUGUUUGCCGUAUUAAUAUUUAUUGGAUUGUAUCUACCUGAAACGAAAGGAAAAACACCAGCUUCCAUUGAAGCCUACUUUAUGCGUCGUUGUGGUUUUCGUGGUACAGAAGUACAUGAAAAUCCAACGUUUUCAGAUGAUAUAACACAACUUUAGUUUGGUGGCGAUAGCACUGGUGACUUUGUCUACAAUUUUACAUUGAAAAGAAAAUACUAUAUAUAUAUAUAUUACAUAUAUUACAUCGCACAAUUAUUCAUAUCAAGUACUAUCGUUAUUAUUCUUGCCUUAUCUGCAUAUUUUCCUAUUAUUUUUAAAAUAUAUAUACACAUUUAUUUACAAGAGCACAUAGAAAAUUGCUAAAUGCUUCAAUUCUAUUCUAUUUUUCUUAUGAAUUAUGUGAGUAUAUAUGACUAGUCUUUUAUUUUGAAUAUUGAUCUUGGAUCAUGGAUUCACUGUAGUAAAUUUUUUUCAUUGUUAUCUAGUUAUUAUUUUCUCCUUAAAGUUUCUACUUAAAGCUUCUACACCAAACGUAACUGAAUUGUAUUCAUUUAUUUGUGUUUUCUUUGCGUUUUAAUCAUAAUUUCUUGGUAUCUUCUCCCCCCUCUCUGUCUCUUAUGCCUGCAAUUUUGUUAUUUGUCCUGAAUUUUUGUUUUAAUAGACUGUUUAAUAUUAAAUGUAAAUCAUGCAUGGACAUGACACUUAUUUGUUUUGUCUCUUCUUGUUUUAAUAUUAAACAUACAGCAUAUGUAUUCAUAAAAUAUGUUUGGGUUUUUUCUAUGAAUCAUUAAUACCAAUUGAUAGCUGAAUUUUUUAGGCGCCUGUUUUUCAUUCUGAUUCUUUUUACUGAAAUAAAACAUACUUCUCUCGUUGAAGAAUUUAAGUCUAUUGUGUUUUUUUUUAAUAAUUCAAAUUUUUGAACAUUGAAUUUUUCUUUCAGGUUAGUAUGUGUUCUACGGAAGAAGAAGCACGAUAUUGUUCAUCUGUUUAGUAUGAAACCGAUAGUCAUUGUUCAAUGCUGAUAUCAAUCCAUAAUGAUAAAUUUUCUUUAAAUUAUACUAAUCUUCACUGGCCGCUUAUUUAAAUUGUAAUCUUGUACUUGUUGAUGACUAGUUUUAAAAUAAAUUUCAUAAACUGCGACUGAAA